GGCGGGGAUGGGGCGGGUCUCCUAUUAGACCCGCCCCGCUGCAUCCCUAGCGGUAAAGAAGUUUAAUAAGUUUAUGAAACAUAAACCCUAAAUGAAACAAUUUUUCUCGAAGGUAAGAGUUUAGUUUACCUUCUCUAUCAAAUUUCCGCGAAUCGAGAUCGACCGGAAACUUGUAGAAGCAAACUGUAAUGGCGACGGAAGAACAAUCAAUCGAACAAGCUGCAGCAGAAAGGAGAGAGAGAUUGAGAGCUCUUAGAGCAGCUCAAGAACUUUUGGAAACUCCUGAUGACGACUCUUCUCUGCCUAAAAACGACUCUGACAAUGGAGAUGCUGCUAACGAUGGUGAAAAUGCUCUUAACUUGAAAUUCCGAAAUUACCUUCCUCAUGACAAACAAUUACAAGAGGGUAAACUUGCUGCACCACAACUACCAAAGUUUGAGGACCCUGUUGCUGCAGUUCCACCGCCAGAGGAAAAGGAGGAUCCUUUUCUUAACAUUGCACCGAAAAAACCUAAUUGGGACCUUAGGAGGGACGUACAAAAAAAGCUAGAUAAGCUGGAGAAGAGGACGCAAAAGGCAUUGCACAAGUUAAUGUUGGAACGUGAAAAGCAGAGGGAAUUGGAAGAUGGAAACGCGACUGUCGAAGAAUGAAGGAGUCGAGCUGCCAUCAAUUAUCAUUAGUCGCAGAACCUCGCAGAAGUACUGGACAUGCUGCCGUUGUGUGUAUCUCCGAGUGCAAUCGACUUUUCAUAUCGCAUCUUUAGAUCAAUGAAAAACAGUUCACAGCCGAGAAAUGUAUGAUACGUUCCUUGCUUUGUCGCAAAUAGUAGAAAGAGUGCUAGUAUAUGGACGCUCGAGACAACUUCAUUGUAUGGGGAUGCUCUGGUGAUUUGAUAUCAAAAGAAAAACAAAUUUUAAAA